GGUGUUCCUCAUACCAUGCUUCUCUUCUUCGUUUUCUUUCUCCUUGAAAGUUGAAGCAGAUAUCGUCCUUUUCUUUUUCGGCCCUGCUAGUUUGUUUCAGAUCUUUCUGUGACCAUGGAGAUGGAGCGCGUUCUUGAGUUUCCUCAUACGCACAUGGAUCGCCGACCUAGAAAGAGAGCGCGUUUAGGAUGGGACGUCGUGCCUCAGGCAUCAAAGGCUCAGGUAGGAAUGUUAUUUGGACAAGAGGUUGGCAAUGUACCAAGCUUUGCAUACUCGGGAGCACUUCCAGACCAAACUACUAUUCCUUCCCUAUUUGUAAAGGGAGUUGCUCGAAAUGGUUCUCCCCCAUGGCGAGAAGAUGACAAGGAUGGGCAUUACAUGUUUGAGCUGGGAGAUAAUUUAACAUCUCGCUACAAGAUCCACAGCAAGAUGGGUGAAGGCACUUUUGGUCAGGUCUUAGAAUGUUGGGACAGGGAGAGGAAGGAGAUGGUUGCCAUCAAAAUUGUUCGUGGGAUCAAGAAAUACCGUGAGGCAGCUAUGAUAGAAAUUGAAGUACUCCAACAGUUAGGAAAACAUGAUAAGGGUGGCAAUCGUUGUGUGCAAAUACGGAACUGGUUUGACUAUCGUAACCAUAUUUGUAUUGUCUUUGAGAAGCUUGGACCAAGUUUAUACGAUUUUCUACGGAAAAACAAUUAUCGCUCAUUUCCCAUUGACCUAGUCCGUGAGAUUGGCAGACAACUGUUGGAAUGUGUAGCAUUUGUGCAUGAUCUGCAUUUGAUACACACAGACUUGAAGCCUGAAAACAUACUCCUUGUUUCUCCAGAAUAUGUUAAGGUUCCUGAUUACAAGAAUUCAACCCGCUCGCCCAAGGAUACUUCGUACUUCAAAAGAAUCCCAAAAUCUAGUUCUAUUAAAGUGAUUGAUUUUGGCAGUACAACUUAUGAGCGUCAAGACCAGAACUAUAUUGUGUCUACACGCCAUUAUCGAGCCCCAGAGGUUAUUCUAGGACUUGGAUGGAGUUACCCAUGUGAUAUCUGGAGCGUUGGUUGUAUCUUAGUGGAGUUGUGUACGGGUGAGGCAUUAUUUCAAACUCAUGAGAAUCUAGAGCACCUGGCAAUGAUGGAGCGGGUGCUUGGACCAUUGCCUCAGCAUAUGUUGAAAAGAGUGGACCGACAUGCGGAGAAGUAUGUCAGGAGGGGUAGGUUGGAUUGGCCAGAUGGUGCCACUUCAAGAGAAAGUAUUAAAGCUGUUUUGAAGUUACCACGCUUGCAGAACCUAAUAAUGCAGCAUGUGGAACAUUCAGCGGGAGAUCUAAUACAUCUAGUACAGGGAUUGCUUCGGUAUGAUGUGUCAGAAAGACUAACAGCACGGGAAGCUUUGAGGCAUCCUUUUUUCACACGGGAUCAUUUGAGAAGGUGAGAAGGGAUGGAGCAUCAUGCUGCUUCUAGUUUCUGGGGGAUAUCUGAUUGAACUGUAUAGGUUCCUGCUAGAGGUUUGGUGUGAGCCUCAUAUUAGGCCUAUUUGUGGCAUUUUUGUAAAUAACAGUGUCAAGGCAUCUUUUAAUCUCGUGCCUGAUGGAAACUUUGCUAUGGCCUGCUGACCUUGUUAUGUUUUGAUUUUGCUAACAAAUUGUACCAGCAUAAUGAAGUGAUACAGAUUUUAACCUACUUUUCUUUUUAAGAAUUGUCAGUUUCAGAAAGGUAUAGUAACAUCUUCAGUUGAAGGGUUGUAAUUUCGGCAGUACAUCCAGUACUAUAGGGUAAAAUUGAUGGAGUAAAUUUCCAGCUGUUCAAUCUACAUUGGAGACAUAAUAUCGGAACACAGUUUUCCAUAACUUUUCAAGGAAGUUUGCUAAAUCGGCUACAUUUCAAGUGAGGGUUAAGCUAAAGAAGACCGCUUACCGAUUGGCACCCUUACCAUGUUUUCCCAACUGUUGGAGUAAUAAGAUUUCUUUCAUUUCUGCUUCACUGUAUUUCUUGAUCCCACGAACAAUUUUGAUGGCAACCAUCUCCUUCCUCUCCCUGUCCCAACAUUCUAAGACCUGACCAAAAGUGCCUGUUGCAAGAUCUUGGUAUGAGAUACAUACACAACAGAAAUUUCUGGAAACAUGAGGCCAUUCAACACAGACGUAAGGGCUUCACCCAUCUUGCUGUGGAUCUUGUCUGCAAGAAAGGAGGGCAGAAAUGUAAAAUAUCAAUGAUGUAGAAAUUGCCAAAA